AUGGCGCUUUUGGAUAACGGUCCAAAGGAUCCGGCAGCCUUCGACUUUGAAAGAGUCACAUCUGAUGAUGAGGAUGUCUACCCAGCCCAGGAGCCUCCCGCAAGUCCGUUGCCGCAACACAUCACUGACACGGCAGCACAGGCGGCUGCGCGGGCUAUCGCUCCCCCGCACGCCCUCAUUACCCGCGCAGGAGAAGAGUGGUCGCGCCUGGAUGACCCCGUAGUUUUUGCUGAAAUUAUACCACGGUUUUCCGACCGUACUAAAGAGGAUGGCAUCGCUUACUCCCGUCGUCCUUUCCUGCGAGCGGAUGCAGCUGGCUUUUCAACGCCGGAAGAGCUUCACCGAGCCUUUUUGCCGACGCGGAUGCUAGAUCGAGUUCUCAAGGCUACCAAUCAGAGGUUGGCGCAGGCGGGACUCGACACCAUGACAAUGACCGAGCUCCGCAUGGUCGUGUACGUUAUUCCCCAGCUCAUGAGUCAGUCCUUUGGCAUGAAACGACAUGAGCUGUGGGAGCCUUGCGAAAGCGAAAGCCCCUACCUCCCAAAGCCGACCCUCCGCAACACCAACCUCACACGUCAACGAGUCGAUGAAAUCAUGGCCCAAUUGCACAUUGGCGUCGACCCACCAACCGAUGAUCCGUUGGCACACGUUCGUGCCCUUCAAGAACUGUUCAAUGAGGACGUGACCCACGUCUUUGCGCCGGGUUGCGUAACAUGCCUUGACAAUAGCACGGUCGCCUUUCACAACGAACGUGGCCCAAGUUAUCUGGACCUGGAGCGCAAGCCUCACCCAAAAGGGUUUGAAUAUCACACCCUUGCAGACGCAGACACCGGCCUUGCCACCCUUACCCGGGUGGGCGUCUAUGCCUCGGCUGUAGCAAGGGAAAAUACUCACUGGCCACAGGGCGUGCCAGGCGAGGACAUUGACCGAGAAGUGGCCGCCAAAAAGCUUUCCAUCGGAUCACUGCACACCGCUCGGCGCAUCUUGAACUCAGAAGGAACUCGCGUUGCUGUGAAUCUGUAUUGUGUGCCUCACCCAGACUGCACUCUAAUCUUGGCUUCGACAUAUGGCUCAGGCAACCCGAAAGAACGCUUCGACCUGCGUCUUCAAACCGGUGACACGAUCCGAAUUGAGCGCAAUGUGCCCUUGCAGCACUACUACCACGCCAGGCACGCUGUGCAUCACAACAACUAUACUCGCCUCGGCCGUAAUGAGGGCAUGGAGAGAGCUUGGGCGCCCAAAAGUAUAGCGCUGCGCCAUUUGGCAUUUUUCCUGUCUUUGGCUGACGCCAAUGCCAUCCGCUUUUGGAACUACACGCAUCCGACACAACGUAUGACAGCCAAAGAGUUUCAAGCUCACUGGUGCCUCCAAACGAUUCGAGAAUACGAGCAAUCUGCUCCUCAAAUUCGAUCAGCACGCAAGUUCGAGCCCCGAGCACCGCUUGGAACACACAAGUUUGAGCCCCGAGCACCGCCCGGCACUUGCGCUGAUGGAGUUGUUCGACAGAGCAAGACCAACAACCAGCACUACCGUCGCGUCGUGUGUCGAGGCAAGGGAUGCUCUGCCCGGGUAAGAAGCCGAUGCUCGUGCUCGGCCACCCUUUGGCUUUGCCACGACUGCUGGCUCGAACACGUGUUCGAUGAAGCACCAUGA